CAAAGAUGCCAUGUUUGCAGUGAAAUUCGCCGUGAAGUAAGUCUGGAUAUUUGUCGCUGUGGAGUUAUGGACGCGCGCAAAGUUCGCGGCGUGCACUGAAAUGAGGAAUAUCUUUCGGGUCUGAUGGAUGGAAACUUCCUGAAGAGAUUGUAGGCCUGAAUGGAUUUCAUGUGUGCGUUUGAAACAAACUCCUCACUGUCAUGAAGGUCAGUUCGCCUCAGGCCUCCGCGUAAAAAAAGCACCUCAGGAACAUCAGUCGAUUUCUGGGAGUUGGCGACGAUGGCGGGACGUCUGUGAAAUCUUCCCAUGUUUAUCUUCCCACGUUUGAGUUUGUGUUGUUGUGGAUAAGAGAGUGCACUUAAUCGAGGGAGUAUCUGAGACAGCUGUGAGCGGCCGAGAGCAUGAAGGAGAAGUCGAAAAACGCGGCGCGCACGCGGCGGGAGAAGGAAAACAGCGAGUUUUACGAGCUCGCCAAACUGCUGCCUCUGCCCUCCGCCAUCACCUCACAGCUGGACAAAGCCUCCAUCAUCAGACUCACCACCAGCUACCUGAAAAUGAGGAUAGUCUUCCCUGAAGGUCUUGGGGAAUCUUGGGGCCAUGUGAGUCGAACGACUUCACUGGAAAAUGUCGGCCGAGAAUUAGGAUCACAUCUGCUUCAGACGUUAGACGGCUUCAUCUUUGUGGUGGCUCCUGAUGGGAAAAUCCUGUACAUUUCAGAAACGGCGUCAGUGCAUUUAGGCUUGUCACAGGUAGAGCUGACGGGGAACAGCAUUUAUGAGUACAUCCACCCCGCAGACCACGACGAAAUGACCGCAGUGCUGACGGCUCACCAGCCCUAUCAUUCACACUUCGUCCAUGAGUACGAAAUGGAGCGCUCUUUUUUCCUGAGGAUGAAAUGUGUCCUUGCUAAACGUAACGCAGGAUUGACGUGCGGUGGUUACAAGGUCAUCCACUGCAGCGGGUACCUGAAGAUCCGUCAGUACAGUUUAGACAUGUCUCCGUUCGACGGCUGCUAUCAGAAUGUGGGUCUGGUGGCUGUAGGUCACUCGCUCCCGCCCAGCGCAGUCACCGAGAUCAAACUGCACAGCAACAUGUUCAUGUUCAGAGCCAGCCUGGACAUGAAGCUCAUCUUCCUGGACUCCAGGGUUGCGGAGCUCACUGGCUACGAGCCGCAAGACUUAAUAGAGAAGACACUUUAUCAUCACGUCCACAGCUGUGACACUUUCCAUCUCCGCUGCGCGCACCACUUGUUGCUGGUAAAAGGACAAGUCACCACUAAAUACUACCGAUUCCUGGCGAAGCAGGGCGGAUGGGUGUGGGUACAGAGUUACGCCACCAUCGUCCACAACAGCAGAUCAUCCAGACCUCACUGCAUCGUCAGCGUCAAUUACGUCCUCACGGACACGGAGUACAAAGGACUACAGUUGUCUUUGGACCAGGCGGCGUCCACCAAACCCUCCUUCACCUACAACAGCCCCUCCAACCCCGUCACCGAGAACAGAAGAGUUGGAAAAAGCAGAGUCUCCCGAACCAAGACCAAAACAAGACUCUCUCCGUACUCACAGUAUCCAGGUUUCCCCACAGAUCGCUCGGAGUCGGAUCAGGACAGCCCAUGGGGUGGGAGUCCACUGACUGAUUCUGCAUCUCCUCAGCUUCUGGAGCAGUGUGAAGGCAUCGAGUCCUCAUGCGUGUACCGGCAGUUCUCGGACCCCCGCUCGCUGUGCUAUGGUUUACCCCUGACGGAAGAUCACCACACCUCCAACGAGCUCUACAGCCACCCUCACUCGGAGUCCUGCGAGAGGGGCUGCUGUAAAGCCGGACGCUACUUUCUGGGCACCCCUCAGCCCGGACGAGAGGCAUGGUGGGGCGCAGCCCGCUCGGUCCUCCCCUUACCCAAAUCUUCACCUGAGAAUGGGGACAGUUUUGAAGGCGUGAUGCCUCACAUCGCUUCUAUCCAUAGCCUGCAAGUGAGGGGUCACUGGGAUGAGGACAGCGCUGUCAGCUCACCCGAUGGCGGCUCAGCCAGCGAUUCAGGCGACCGAUUUCGUGCCGAUCAAUGCCGUUCAAGUCCUCAAGAGCCCAGCAAGAUUGAGACCCUAAUCCGAGCCACACAGCAGAUGAUCAAAGAGGAGGAAAGUCGUCUGCAGCUGAGAAAGCUUCCUACAGACGUACCACUGGAGCCCACAAACAGUCUGGCUAAGAGUUUUCAUAGUACCGACUUUCCCCAGUCAGCAAUGCAGAGUGUUGUGUGUCGAGGGCCGGCUCAGGUCAUAAGCCCCGCUCCUAGCCCCGUUCCCCUGUCCCGCCUAAGCAGCCCACUCCCGGACAGACUAUCUAAAGGCAAAGACUUCCUACAGAAUGAGCUUUCCUCUUCCCAGCUGCCCCUGACCGGCACUUGUGCUGUUUCUCCGACUCCUGCGCUUUACUCCUUACAUCCACGCCAGUACCUGGAAAAACACGCAGCGUACUCGCUCACCAGCUACGCACUGGAACACCUGUAUGAGGCGGACAGCUUUCGAGGAUACUCCCUUGGGUGCUCUGGUUCCUCUCAUUACGAUAUGACCACUCAUCUACGCAUGCAGGCUGAACAAGCGCCGGGCCAUAAAGGCACCUCCGUCAUCAUCACCAAUGGCAGCUGAUGAUUAUCAAAUCACG